AUGAGGCGAUGGGCCCUUCCGUGGUUGUCCCUCGCAGGCGCUGCGCCCGCGCGCACCUUGGCGCCGGCACGGCAGUUGGUCAUCGACGUCCCAGUGCUGGACAGCUUGUCCGUAGUCCUCAGCACUGGGGCCAAAGCGCCCCUGGCAUGGAAGUACUUCGAGUUCACGUACUCACUGACCGUCCCUCAAGAAGCAAUCGCUGCUGCUGUGCUGGCGGUUGUGCGGAACGGCUACGAUGUAAUGAUGCAGCUCUUCCGCCCGGAGGAAAACUUCAGAGAGGUGCUUCAAUCUGGACAGACCUCGGCCUAUGCCGACGUCCCUACAGAGGAGGCUGCUCAGCUCAUUCUGGAGGUGGGCUACGGGACACGCAGCACCAACUACACGAUAUUGGUUAUUCGGUCGACAAUCACAUCUGAUUUCAAGUUCAAGUUCCCAGACCCUGCAGAGUCGGUGCCGCCACAGGGAACUCUGACAGGCCUCGCCGUGUUUGACGGGUUUGGCGAGCCUUUGCCGAUGGAGCCGAUAUACUUUGACCCUCGACGCAGCCAGUACUUGGCCUUUGCCUCUCCAAACACAGGAGGCGGCUAUGCACAAGUUCGGGCGGUUGCUUCGAAGAACGAUCCCUUCGCUUCGCUCCAGCUCCGAGUGGAUGGCACGGACUGGGAGGGCAUUGAGUCCGGCAUCCGCACAAGGUACAUCCCGGUGCCGGUGAAGACGUGGCUGCAGCUGGAAGUGCAGGUGCUGUCGCCCACGGCCGAGGCUGCUGGUGCAGCCCCAGUGGCCUACCAGCUGCUGAUCAGCCGCGAGGUGCGGUGCCACCUGCUGUGCCGCACCUGCUAUGGGCCAGAGGCCUCCCACUGCCUCUCCUGCCGAGCGCCCCUGGUGCUGAACAACGGCUCUUGCAGCGAGACUGCCUGUCCACCGACCAAGUAUUAUGACUGGAUGACCUACCAAUGUCAGCCAUGCCAUGAGACUUGUGCGCAGUGCUCAGGUCCCGGGGCGGGAGCCUGCACGGAGUGCCCGGCCUUGUUCUUCCUGUCUCCCUUUGCCUGGGAGUCAGAGGCCCCCUGCGUGAUCCGCUGCCCCACGGGUCAGUUCGCCCACCCACGGAGCCGACGGUGCCGCCAGCGUACUGCGCCGGUGAAGAGCUUCUACAUGCAGUUCCAAUUCCGGAGCACCUUCCAGGCGUUUGCCGCCGAUGCCAUGAUCCAAGAGUCGGUGGUCAACACCACGGCCUUUGUCCUGGGCCUGGCGUUGUCAGAUGUGAGGGCCUACAAGAUGGAACUAGUGGAGGAGCAGAAUGGCGUUGUGCUUGAAGAUGGCCCUCCUCUGCUCACCGUGGAAGUGGUUUCUCCGUUCCUCUUGAAGGCAGAGGCAGAUGCAAUCUUAAUCGACUCCUGGUUCGGUGCGUUUGAAGUUCCCGUGGACGAGGUGAGAAGCCUAAGCUGGGAUCAGAUGCAUCCACCUCUACCGCCCUUACCGGUGGACCCUUUUUUGCCCACUUGGGUUUGGGGCUUGGCCACUUCAGCGGCUUCGGGCAUCGUUGUGCUGGUGCCCAUGUACUGCUGCUACUUCCGUCGUUUGGCGAACACCCGGCGCAAGUACCGGCCCGCCGCAGUGGACCCCGCCUUCAUGGAGCGCGUGGUGGCACAGUCGGACCCACAGCUGGUGCGCCGUUUUGUGGCUGGGGAGAACGGUGCGCGCCUGCUGCAGGAGGCGGAUUGA